AUGGCCAAUCCUAAUCGUCGAACCCCCAUCCUCUCAUCGACUCUCUUACCAGAAGUUGAUAGUCCUUAUACUCCACCAAAACGUUCUACUUACAGAUCGGAACGGGCACCAAUCAUUGGCAAAAGCAUAAGACGACCAGUGGAAGGUUUGCCGGUUCCUGUCAAGUUCUCUUUUCGCGAAUCUCCAAUCUCUCGUGGAAUAGCUUCCUCUCCUCGUAAUGUUAGCAACUUACCUGGCCCGGUGUCGUCCUCGCGUACCCAUGUCAACAAUUCACCAGGUCCAGCCUUGUCCUCUCGUACCCGUCUCGUAAAUCAACCUGGAGGCCCGGCUUCAUCUUCGCGCACCCAUAUUGGCGAUUCACCAGGUCCAGUCUAUGCCUCACGUACCCGAUUCAACAAUGCAAAAGGUGCCCAUUCGCCAGAUCGUUCUGCCUUUGGUCCACCCUUGCGUUCUCACUGUAAGACAGAAAUCACAGCUCCUACCGGACGUGGAAUCCUCCCGGGUUCACCAGCUCCAGCUUCGACCUUGCCCGCUCGUAUCGAUAAUACAAAAGGAACGGUUUACCAAACGCGUCAUUUUCUGCCUAAGUUAACAGCUCAGGAUAAAGAGUUUCUUGAGUCCUUGAACUCCUCUCCUAAGAAAUCCGUAGCUCCAGCUUUAUCGAGACGUAGCCAGCUUGGCAAAUUACCAUAUUCAGCUUCAUCUCCAAAUAUCAACAAAUUAACAACCUCCAAUGAAAACAUCCCGCCAGUCCCGUUUGCUCCAAAAAAUGAAUUGCACGAAAGAGUUUUGCACGGUCGUCGUGGAUCUGCAAAUACUAACAACUACUACCCGCACCCGCUCUAUAGCAAUCCUACCGUUGCUAGCUCUGACUUGACAGCGUCUGCGUCUAGUACUGACAUUAGUCAGCCACGUUCCAAAAAUCAGAGAAAGACGGAGCGUGACUUCUCGAAGAUUCCAAGCCCAACGUUAGAAUCUAGAUCUAGACCCCCCAGUCGUCGUCAUCUUCAUUCCCCCGUGAGAACGGUUAUAGAGAAAGGAGAGGAAAGUCGGGCAAGAAGAAGACACAUCUCGCCAGUUUGGGGUCUGCCACAAAUCCACCCUGGUAGGACAUCUCCUGGACCUUACCGUAUCGCUUUCAAAAUGCCAGAAUUGACACCGAGUCCAAAACUGGAAUCAGCUUCUCUUCCCAAGUCAAAAACAUUCGGCGUCUUCUCUACACUCAAGAACUCAUCUUCUAUUCAAUGGCUUAAUAGUAAUCGCUCAACCUCGAAUCCUAGUCGUGCUGCCGAGCCGACUAUCUCGACAACAAAAUACUCUCCAAUCCCAGAAUUUACAACAAACACUCUACAGGUUCAUACUGCCCAACCUUCAGCCUACUGGUGCGGUCGAUUUCAAGCUGUAUCUGACAGAUAUCAGACCGAUGAUUUUGAUGUUUGUGUUCUCAACCCCCUCCCUGCACCACGAGACAGCGACGUCAAGCGUGAGAAACCAUCCUCCCACUACAGACGUGGUGGUAAAAUACUUCAGGAAACCAGUUCUCAAUCCAGAUCCAAUUCACCUACUCCACUCCUUGAGAAGUCCCGCAAGAAGACCCCAGCAAAAUCACACAAGACUGUUCUUGCUUUCUCAACUCCAGCACUUUUCCUUGAGGAUUUUGACAAAAGAGCCCAGAAAGUCAUGGUGUUUUUAGCAUCAUUGUGCUGUACGAGCCCUGCCAAGAAAAGUCUUAGGGAAUGGCAAAUUCAAUAUGCGACAGCAAUGAAAAAUAAAGCUUUGAUGCCUAAGAAUGAUUCUGAUGAUAAGGGGUUCUUUGGGAGAAUGGGAAGAGUCAUUAGUGAUGGUGUGACUGGAAACAAAAAUAGCACAAAUGGAAGAGGGACUGGAAUGGGAAAGCGAAGCGCGUUUGGGCUUAGGAGAGGUGGCAGAAGUGCAGCUGGGGAUCACUAA